CGCACACUGAAAAAAAGGGGUAAAUCUACAAUUUUACCCCUAUUUGUCGCCAUACGUAAAACAUCAACAAAUAGUCCUCUGCGCUGCUAUAUAUAUCCAUAUAUAUAUGAUUCAUCCCGUAAAAUAACUUUCCACAACCCCAAAUGCCUCUCCAGGCCCUCAUCCUCGCCGGCAGCCAGUCAUCGCGCAUUGGAGCGCGCAAGGAACUGCUCCGGCUAACGAGCAAUUCGCCAUCGCUUUUCCUGCACCUUGCGCUGGUUCUGAAAAGAGCAUGCCCGGAGCUGGAUGUGGUUCACGUCUCGUUGAAGGACCGGACCGGGACGCUGUAUCUGAUGUACUGCAGGCAUUGAGGGAGCAGGCGGGACAUGUGUACUCUCUAUGGCCGG